GUUUCUGUGAUUUGGGACUCCGCCCUGUUAGUCGUGUCCCCCAAAGAACGGCGAGCGCGGAAGUAGCCCGAUGUUUCCGUCUUCUAACGAAACGCCGCUUACACAGAAAUGACGGCGACUCUGCGUCCGUACCUGAAUGCAGUACGUGCAACACUGCAGGCGGCUCUCUGUCUGGAGAACUUCUCCUCACAGGUGGUUGAGCGCCACAACAAACCUGAGGUUGAAGUGCGGAGCAGUAAGGAAUUGUUGCUUCAACCUGUUGUGAUUAGCAGGAAUGACAAAGAGAAAGUCCUUAUUGAGGGCUCUAUCAACUCAGUGCGUGUCAGCAUUGCAGUGAAACAGGCUGAUGAGAUUGAGAAGAUUCUGUGCCAUAAAUUCAUGCGCUUCAUGAUGAUGAGAGCAGAGAACUUCUUCGUUCUGCGGAGAAAAGCUGUGGAGGGCUAUGAUAUCAGUUUCCUCAUUACUAACUUCCACACGGAGCAGAUGUAUAAGCACAAGUUGGUGGAUUUUGUCAUCCAUUUUAUGGAGGAGAUUGAUAAAGAAAUCAGUGAAAUGAAACUGUCAGUCAACGCAAGGGCGCGAAUAGUCGCUGAAGAGUUCCUGAAAAAUUUUUAAGGAAGUGCCCUCAUAUCUUCAGCAAACUGCAAGACUCACUUCACCACGGUCAACAGAAACGCGGGUGAAGAUUUUGAGCCCAGAGAGUGAAGCAGAUGACAGAGAGACAGACAGAGGACACAAAGUGUGAACAGCCAAUCAGCAUGGAGCACCACUAAAGGGGGACCAGCUGGAUGGAGGGUGUGUGCCCUCUGCCACAGAACUAAAUUCAGAGCAUUGCAGUGUUGUAAACCAAGAGCACUGAUGGAAUUCAAAUAUAGCACUCUGAUCACUCUCUGUGCUGUUCAACUCUCACUCUGCUUUUGCAGUUUCCUUUUCAAGUUUUUUACUAAUGCGCUUGUGCCAUAUCUUUUCUUAAUUCAUUCUACUCUAUUACACUUUCCUGUUGCCAUCUACUCUCGAAAACUCAUUAUUCUCUAGCCAUAGUUAAGUGCUCGCAACGUUGCAAUCAUUUAAAUUCAUCUCACCUUUCCUCCAUGCUUAUGAAUGUUAAUAAGUAUGUAUAUAGGGAAUAUGCAUAAAUGCAAUUUACCUCUAGCCUUUAAACAAACCCCAAAAAUCAGGGUAGGUCUUUUUAGAUAAAACCUCUUCAAUGUUCAUAAGCGUACAGGAAAAUUAUACUGAUGUUCCUAUAAUGUAAACAAGAUUCUGUUGGUUUUUUAAAAUAUAAAUACAUAUAUACUGUGUGCAUAAUGGCAUUUUCAUGUUUGAGUUUUGUAGACCCUCACACGGGUGCACAUGGACCACAAAAACUUUAUUAAUGGUGGACACAUGAUGGUGAAACAAUGUAUUAAAUAAAUCAUUUUUUUGCUUGC